ACCAUGGACGCCAGGUGGUGGGCAGUAGUGGUGCUGGCCUUGCUCCCCUCCCUAGAGGCAGGGGGGGAAGCUCCCGAAGCCCCGCCAGAGUCAUGGACCCAGCUUUGGUUCUUCCGCUUUUUGGUGAAUGCUGCUGGCUAUGCCAGUAUUAUGGUGCCUGGCUACCUCCUAGUGCAAUACUUCAGACGGACGAACUACCUGGAGACAGGUAGAGGCCUCUGCUACCCCCUGGUGAAAGCCUUUGUCUUUGGCAAUGAGCCCAAGGCCCCCGACGAGACACCCCUGACUCCUCGGACAGAGCCAACAGAGACCACCCCUAUUUGGCAGGCUCUGAAACUGGUCAUCUGUGCCACUGGCCUCCAGGUGUUCUAUCUGACUUGGGGUGUGCUGCAGGAAAGAGUGAUGACCCGCAAUUAUGGGGCCACAGCCACAGCACCAGGUGAGCGCUUCACGGACUCACAGUUCCUGGUGUUGAUGAACCGUGUGCUGGCACUGAUGGUGGCUGGCCUCUACUGUAUGCUCUGCAAGCAGCCUCGACACGGAGCACCGAUGUACCGGUACUCUUAUGCCAGCCUGUCAAACAUAAUUAGCAGCUGGUGUCAGUAUGAAGCUCUCAAGUUUGUCAGCUUCCCCACCCAGGUGCUGGCCAAGGCCUCCAAAGUGAUUCCUGUCAUGCUUAUGGGAAAGCUGGUAUCUCGGCGCAGUUAUGAGCACUGGGAAUACCUGACAGCAGGCCUCAUCUCUAUUGGGGUCAGCAUGUUCUUGCUGUCCAGUGGACCAGAGCCUCGCAGUUCCCCAGCUACGACGCUCUCAGGACUCAUCCUGUUGACAGGUUACAUAGCUUCUGACAGCUUCACCUCAAACUGGCAGGAUGCCCUGUUUGCCUACAAAAUGUCUUCAGUACAAAUGAUGUUUGGGGUCAACUUCUUCUCCUGCCUCUUCACCGUGAUUUCAUUGUUGCAGCAGGGGGCCCUCCUGGAGGGGACCCGUUUCAUGGGGCGACACAGUGAGUUUGCAGCCCAUGCUCUGCUGCUCUCAAUCUGCUCAGCCUUUGGCCAGCUCUUCAUCUUCUACACUAUUGGGCAGUUCGGAGCUGCCACCUUCACCAUUAUCAUGACCCUACGCCAGGCCAUUGCCAUUCUCCUCUCCUGCCUCAUUUAUGGCCACACAGUCACUGUGGUUGGAGGGCUGGGUGUGGCUGUAGUGUUCUCUGCUCUGUUUCUCCGGGUUUAUGCCAGGAAUCGCCUAAAGCAGAGGGGGAAGAAGGCUGUGCCCAUGGAGUCCCCGGUGCAAAAGGUGUAA